AGGUUGACAGACUCACCAUGUGGAGUGUAACACCACACUCGGCUGGCCUGAGUUACUGUUUCUUAUUUAUCUGUCUGUCUCCUCAGGAAUAUGCUCACACUGUAGAUUAAUACACGUCGCCAGUGAAAGCGGGUCCUCUUCCAUGGUGUCCGCCAUGUUGAACCACCAUUUUUGUACAGUAGCCCAGAGCAGACAAACUAAACACUGAUAUGGACUAGAUUUUGACCAGGUUCAGAGAGACAAACUGGACCCACAGAGCAGACCAGAGACAGACAGGUGUUUCUCACAGAGAGAAAAAAGAUGAGUCGCUUUCUGAACGUCCUGCGGAGCUGGUUGGUGAUGGUGUCCGUCAUCGCGAUGGGAAACACCGUGCAGAGUUUCAGAGAUCACAGCUUUUUGUCGGAGAAACUCUACACAGGCACGCCAGAGUUUGUAAAUGGCCUCCAAGCUCGAACAUUUGGCAUUUGGACGUUGCUGUCAUCGAUCAUUCGCUGUGCCUGUGCCAUUGACAUCCAGAACAGAGUGCUGUAUCACAUCACCUUAUGGACAUUUGUGCUGGCGUUGGGCCACUUUCUGUCUGAAGCUUUCAUCUACAAAACCGCACCUCUGACUAUCGGAGUCAUGGCGCCUCUCAUUGUGGCAAGUUUCUCUAUCAUAGGGAUGCUGAUUGGAUUCCAGUGUAUUCCAGAGUCACAAGAGGAAAUUGGAGCACGACAGAAGAAGCGAAACUGAAGUUCGAUUUUCCCUCGGUCCCUUGAACCCUCCUCCGCAAUUACAACCAGACACUUGUGGACUGGUCCUAGUGUUCUGCUUCUUUCUUUGAAGAACGUGAGAUCUGGAUUUUCCUAUUGUGACACCCCCUAUAGACUAUAUGCAGUACGUCUCUAUCUGGGCUGUGUUUAAUGUUUUUGAACUGAUACUUUACGUAAAUCUUUUGCAAUGUUCCUAAUGACACGUUCAUAUUUCUCUAUGCUCAUCAUUUAAGUGUCUUCUGUUUGUUUGUUUAUGAAAGGUGUCACGGAGUGAAUGACAGAAAUAACCCAGCGUAGAUUUAUUUCAUAAUGUUGAUUUGUUUUAUUUCACCAGACCACCACUCAUUAAACUUUUUUUUUAAAUUCAUGAUUUACCAAAGAACUCUGACUGUACAAUAUAAAACUAUGCUCUUCAUCACAAAGUAUCACAAACACGUAUAUCAGAAAUUGUUUGUAUGUGCUGUGAAAAGUUUGUACACCCUUUGGAUUUAUGCACAAUUUUUGUCUUAUAAAAUGUUUUAAAAAAU